AUGCAUAAUCCUGCGGACCUUCGCAACACACUCACUUUUCCGCCAUUCGAGGAGCUGCACGAUGAGAAUGCCGUCGACGAUCGAUACUACUCCUUGAAGCCAUUCACGAGCAUCUAUGAGCUACACCGACACUGGUGCUUCCUCGGGGAGAUUGUCGAUGUGAUUCCAUUCUUGCGCUUGGGGCUGAGAGUGCGCGACGCCGCCGGAGCAGAAAUUCAUGUGCAGUUUUAUACUGACGACCGCGGGGAGAGCUUUGCUUUGCGCUGUCGCAAGGGCGCAACGAUCGCGGUACUUUACGCGACCCAACAUGGCUUCCUCGACAUGAAUGUCGGAUUGCGCAUCGAGGAUGCCGAGAGCGUGAGCGUGCUUCCCUUCUCGAUGGAGGAGCUCUCGAAGGCGAAUGCGCUCAUUUGGGAUGGUGUGAGCGACUCAGACCAAGAAGUGGAGGGCAGGCUGUGCGGCGGAUGCGGGAAGGGUGGCAAUCUUAAGGCAUGUAGCCAGUGCAAGUUAGUGUCUUAUUGCGGCACAGCAUGUCAGAUCAAAGCGUGGAAGGAUGGACACAAGCGGAUAUGCAAGGCUGUUCAAGCGUUGGAGUGGUUCAGAUCCAAGAAGUGGGACACAUUUGAGGGCAACUAUUUCUCGUGGUAA